AUAGAAGCUACCAUUUUUCUAUUUUAAUGUACUACUAUUCUUCCUAUACAUUAUUUCUCUUACCACUCUAUGAUCAAAAUAAUGAAAGUACUUCAACAAGGACAAAACAAUCUUGAAAAAUCAAAUAACUUAAAUUCUUCUUUAACAACUUCUUCUUCUUCGCCGCCCUCCUUUAAUGAGAGCAACACUAACACAAAGAUCCCAAAAGAGUAUGAAUCGAAGAAAAGAUUAAAGGAAGUUCAAGAAUUCAAUGGGGACGACGAGAACAAGAGGAGGAAGAUAAAUAUUAAGGACGAAGAUAAGCAUCCAACCUAUAGAGGAGUUCGUAAGAGGAAUUGGGGGAAAUGGGUGUCAGAAAUUCGAGAGCCAAGGAAGAAAUCAAGAAUAUGGUUAGGAACUUAUUCGACGGCUGAUAUGGCUGCUCGAGCUCAUGACGUUGCGGCUUUAGCCAUCAAAGGUCACUCCGCUUACCUUAAUUUCCCUUAUUUAGCCGAUCAACUACCACGUCCAGCUUCUACUUCCCCUAAGGACAUUCAAAUCGCGGCUGCAAAAGCCGCUGCCACCACAUUUCCUGAGUCGAGCCACAUCAAGCUGCAUAGUUCAUCUUCGUCCUCGGAAUUCAUAAACUCUCCAUCAACCGAUAAAGAUGAUACAUUUUUCAAUCUACCAGAUCUUUCCAUCAAUAAAGUGGAUCAAAUUGACAGUUAUUGUUAUCCGAUUUCAACUUGGCAUCUUGUUGGAGGCGAUGUUGGAUUCUGGCUCGAGGAGCCAUUUUUAUGGCAGAGCUAAAAAGGUGCACUAAGCUUCCGUUAUGUACCAGGUUCGAGGCCGGAUCACAAGGGUCAAGAACACAAAACUUUUGUGUAACAAAACACUUAAAAAAACAAGUUUCAGGCAAGUCUCAUCAUAGAAAAUUAAACAAAAUUUUUGUAAACUCGUGUUUAUUUUACUGUUAAUUUGAGUUUGUUUUAAUUUUAAUUUUAUUCAUUU